AAGCUGCAACCUGGAAAGACCGAAGAGAUCCUGCAAACCCCGCCGCCGAAAACGAAGCUCGAUGCCAAGAGCAGUGAGCCCAAGAGGCUUGAGAGGGCCAAUCGGCUUCCGUCCGCAAGGUCUGCGAAGGCCUCGCCAAAGCCGACCCCCAAGUGCAAGGCCAAGGUGAAGAAGACUUGUCUUAAGAAGGCUUCUAAAGCUCCGAAGCACAAGACCGACAAGGCCAAGACCGCAACAGCAACUUCGGCUAAGGACAAGAACUCCAGCACCCCCAGCCAAAAGACGAAGUCGAAGCCAAGCCCCUCCGAGGAGGGACCUGAGGAGCCGAGCGACACCGGACCGGUGAGCAUGAGCAAGCACAUUGCCGAGGCCUUGCAAAAGCUGGGCUCAGGAGAUCGGGUGGGCAACAAGAAGGGCGCGGUGCUGGUGGAAAGCGAGGAGACCAAGCAGAAGCGAAAGAACAAAAAGAACUCGUUCUAUCGCAGCCUGAUCAGUUCGAACAGCCCGGAGGAGAUUCGCAUGGCAGCGGAGAGCGCCAGGGGCUGCCGAGACAAGAUGGCCAUCUUGUAUGAGCAGUACACUGCCUGCGAAGGCAAAUGGAGUCGUUCGAGCCUGGUGCUGUCUCUGAGGGAACGCCACUCCACCAAGAGGCGGGGGUGCCGGAAAUGGCUCACUUUCCGGCAGCUGAUUGAUAAGUAUCAAUCAAAGGAAGCAGCGGAGGAGAUCAUAUCCAACAAGCUGUCAGACGAAACUACGGCGAAGCAGGAUGUUAAACCGCAUGCAGAUGCUCCGCUGAAUGAGCAGCUCACGCUGUUCCGAGUGUGGGACGAAGAGGCCGAAAGUGACGAGCAUGACGAAGUGCUCGAGUCCCUCUUUGCCCUCACACAGGACGAGGCUUUUGGGUCGAGCAGGCGAUCGCGAAGUGGGAAGAAGAAGAAACGCAAGAGCUCGAGCUCCUCCUCGGCCAGCUCUGACGACAGCUCUGACGACAGCUCUGACGACAGCUCGUCGAGCAGUACCAAGAAGGGCAAGAAGAGCAAAAAGGGCAAGAAGGGCAAAAAGGACAAGAAGGGCAAAAAGGGCAAGAAGGGCAAAAAGGCCAAGAAGGGCAAAAAGGACAAGAAGGGCCGAAAGGACAAGAAGAGCAAAAAGGAAACAGCCAAGGACUUGGAAGCCAAGGCAGCCAGGGAAAAGAAGAAGGAGGAAGACAAAGCUCUGAAAGAAAAGGAAAGGGAGGAGGCUAAGCAACGCAAGCAGGCUGAGCAGGAGAAAGAGUCCGAGAGAAAGCAGAAGAAGUCCGAAGCCAUGAAG